AUGUCAAGAACAAGGAUACAAUACAAGGCGCCGGUAGAGAAGCAUGUCAAGGAGCAAAACCUGCCGUGCGGCGUGGAUGUGGUUUUCCCUUCAAAUGGAUCGCUACAAUCGUCAGUGGAGACUCUGAUUGAACAGUACAGCAAGGAGCUGAAGAGCUACACAGUCAAAGGGCCUCUCAGCAUGUUUUUCGCACCUCGAGAAGAUGGGUCGAGUUUCUCUGCGUCUGUAUUCCAAAAAUCCGAUGCCUGGAUCAUCUCCAAAAGCCGGAUCGACUCGGACAAUGUAUUUGCAGUAUGGAGAGGAAACGUUCACAUGAGUCUGACGAGAUCGACCUACCAGACUUCUGGUUUGAACGGAAAGAAGUCGCGCUACGGAGACAAAUACCUCAUUUCGUUCAACUUGCGAAACCCAAACUUCCAUAUUGGUACCAAACAACACAACCGAUUUCUGUUUGGCUUGGAACAGCUGGACAAACUGCACCCUGACUUGGAGUAUUCUGUGACAGUUCAUGCCAAUGACGCCAGAUAUGUCUCCGAGUAUCUUUCCAAUGUCAAAGAGGUGCCUCUCAAAACUACAGUCUCCGAGAGAAACGUACUUGUACCUUCCAUGACUCCUCCAGUGGUCCCUGAACUCACAGACGCCCAUUCUGGUGCCAAGGUGGACGUGUCUCAGAAAUAUAGGGACCAUCUGUUUGAGAGCUGGGCUCUGGGACUCCAAGAAUGGGUAGGGCUGGCUUCAAUUGGAGCAGGCCGGAUUGCAUCGGAUGAUAACGUGAAUAAUCUCUUCAGCCAGUACCAGGUUGAAGAUGGCCAACCUGCAAAUGUUACAAAUAUCCAGGUGGUUGGGAUGUGUCCUCUUUUGGCAUCCAAGCUCAAGAUACUAGGGGAGCAAACCAAUGCCCCAUUCUUUGCAUUCACUGUCUACGGUGUUCAAGACACGCCCUACUCGUGGGACAACAAGGAGCACCAGUAUGACAAUGGCGGCGAAAAUGAUUACACCAUUAUUGACAUUGGAGACGAUGUAUUGUCAUUCGAAACAGUAGGACACAGCGACAUGUACAUUUAA